GAGAAAAUUCCCUAUUAUUGGACUUCUUAUGAGCCUCCAGCCAUGUCCGGCUCUCAUGGUGUUUGAAGCGGGAAAGGUCUCAAGAUGAAUGUGAGUCGUAUGUCUUGCUCUGUCAUGUUCUUUUAAAACGCAUACAAGACCCAGUCAGAAAUUAUUAAAAACAGAACCCAGACCGAAUUGGUCUAAGACUAUACGCCUCCGUCAUAAGUUAGAUAAAAAGCAAUACAUCAUUAAUUGCCAUGUCGCUGUGGAUUGCGCGUCGUCAUUUCGUCAUAGCGAUUCAUUUGGUUUCCUGCCUGCUGACAUGGCCUUCGAUUGCAUUACGGCACAAGAUACACCGUCAUAUGACCAGAGAUGAACUGGUAGAUUUCUUUGGAGUUAAGUCAUAUAGUGAAGUUCCAGAGUACGAGAUCAUCCAGCCAAUCAGAAUACAGAAUCAUAGCUCAAGGGUAUCACAUGAUCAAACCUUCCACCAAUCCCACGACAGUGAUGGUGGGCGUUCAUAUCUUAUACACGCUUUCGGCACAGAAUAUACGCUCGACUUGGAGCCGGAUAAUAACAAUGUCUUUCCUGAACACGUCGUCCUUCAUCACUGGCAUGGAACCGGCACCAACCACACGUCGCUCAGAGCGCAACGUUUACACCGUAACCAUGGAUACUAUGUCGGUCACGUGAGGGGUCAAAAACAUGAUUCUAUGGUGUCCUUAAGCGAACAAAAUGGAAGAUUAUUGAAUGGCUUCGUAGCUAGCAAAGACAUGACCUUCUUCAUAAAGCCGAUUCCUGACAGAUUGUAUCACCUCGUUGGGGCAUUUCGCUACGACAAGCAGGAGCAGCAGGGGGCGCCCUCGCCUCCCCAUUUUGUAUUUAAACGCACAGAAAUACACACAUGUGGGAGAGCAAUCGAUACAGCAUCAGAAGAUAGAUGGCAUUUCAACAAGCGUUACAAGCGUUCUUCAACAGUGAGUGAUAAGAAAUACAUCGAGAUGAUGAUUGUUAGCGAUUCAACAAUGUUUGAUUACCAUGGCAACGAAAUGGAGAAUUACCUUAAGACUGUCAUGUCCAUUGCAGCAUCAACAUUUCGCAGCCCUUCAAUUUCAGUGAAUAUUUCUCUGCAUGUUGUACGCUGUUUGGUGCUAGAGGCAAAAGAGGUAGAUCCGGUGAUCGUGCCCGAUGCCCAGUCAUCAUUACGUAACUUCUGUGAAUGGCAGAAAGGUGUGUAUCCGGAAGACAUACACAAUCCUCAACAUUUUGAUAUAGCCACUCUGAUCACGAGGCAUGACUUGUCAAGAAAGGACCUCAUCACAGGGUCCUCUAUACGUGGUGUCCUCGGGCUAGCCAAUAUUGCGUCUGCAUGCGUCAAGUCAAGACGCUGCGCCAUUGUAGAGGAUAAUGGACUAGCAACGGGUCUGACAGUGGCACAUGAAAUAGGGCACGUUCUGGGUAUGGAACACGAUGGUGCCGGAAAUAGCUGCCUGACCUCGGGUCACAUUAUGGCUUCUGUGACGUCAUCGGGACCCGGUGCUUACACGUGGUCGAGGUGCAGUGUGGGAUAUCUGAAUUCAUUCCUGAGGUCGCCAAUAUCACAUUGUCUUAAUGAUGAACCGGAUAUGAAUAAAAACCUUUCUCUCUACCGGGGUUGGCGACCCGGUCAACUCUUUCACCGAAAUGAACAAUGUAGAUUCCUCUAUGCAGACAGCACUGGGGCGUGUUCACACAGACAGAGUGACUGUGAAAAGCUAUGGUGUCUUAGAAUGAAUAGUGAAAAGCAAAUAUGUAGCACCAAUCGAUCUCCUCCGGCUGACGGCACGGAAUGCGAUGAAGGAAUGUGGUGCAUUGGAGGGGAGUGUGUUUCUUACGGAGCCGAUGGUCCUGAACCAAUCCACGGACAGUGGUCCGAAUGGGAGCCGAUGUUCUCCGAUUGUUCCCGAACCUGUGGCGGAGGGAUCCGAAGGAAACGUCGACACUGCAAUAGUCCCACCCCAUCUUUUGGUGGGUCCAACUGCCUAGGUGAAGACAUUGAGAUAGAAGCAUGCAAUGUGUUUGACUGUCCCGGAUCCUCCCAGUACCGGUUUUCAGAAGAACAGUGUGAAUCAAGGAACCGAAUUCCUUACAAGGAUCAACUCACAUCAUGGGUGCCUUAUACGGAUAGAAGUCGAAUAUCUGAUGAUGAUUUCUGCAAGCAUAGCUGUGUGUCUUAUGAUCUCAAGAAAGUAGUCAAGUUUGGUCGCUUCAUAGAUGGUACUCGAUGUGAUGUGGUUAAUCCUAUUAUAGGAGAAUACACAGCAUUGUGUGUUGAUGGAGAAUGCGAGUAUUUUGGAUGUGACCUGGUGAAAGAUUCGAAUCGACGGUUUGAUUCUUGUGGCAUUUGUGAUGGAGAUAACUCAACAUGCGAGUUACAAACUGGAACCACACAUAUUCUACUCUCUAACGAUUAUACAACUGUUUUAGAGGUCCCGAUUGGUUCGAAUUUCAUCAAUAUUACUCUCUUGUGUGGGGGCUGUCAUUUUGCCUUGAUAUCACAUGGCCAAUACGUGUUUGGCGGUGAGGGAGAAAGGGGAAAGUCCCGCGCAUACUCGAUGAGGGAUGACGUCAUUUCAUACGUUGGCCGAGAGGUGGAAAGCAUCCAAAUCAGAGGACCUAUACGCUCAAAAUUGACUAUACAAGUUUCGCCAUUUUCAGGCGAUGUGGUAGAAGAUGAUGAUAAAAGUUCGGAGGUGAGAUGGGUUUUAUUCAAACCGAUCAAAGAUAAUCCAGUAUAUCGGUGGAGUGUCGUUAAUACACCAUGCAGCAAGACAUGUGGCUUCGGAAUACACACACCUGAAGUAAUUUGCAAGCAACUAGAAUCACAUGGAAUAAUUGAUAGAUCUGUCGAACCUUACCAUUGCUUGCAUCUCAAGAAACCUGAUCUAAUACCAGAGCCGUGCAACGAGUUCGACUGCCCGCAUAGAUUGGAGGUGGGAGAGUGGGGCGACUGUUCAGUGUCUUGCGGUGUCACGGGAGUAAGGGUCCGUCAGGCCCACUGUGUCCGGGAGAACACGCCUGGAUUGACCGAGGUCCUACCGUAUGCAACGUGUGAUAGAGAGGAUAAGCCGAUACUUGAAGAACCGUGUAAUGCACCAGUUUGCACUGACGAAGGAAAAGCCUCAUGCAAUGAAACGAUCAUAGCAUCGGAGGGGUCGUUCACUUCACCCAAUCAUCCCGGUUACUAUCCGACAAGCGUUGACUGCAUGACCCGGAUUCAAGUUAAUCCGGGUUACUGGAUAGAUCUGACCUUCGAAAGCUUUGAAUUAGAAUCGUCUCCUGAAUGCAUCUUCGAUUAUGUAGAGGUAUUUCAGAAGAAGGAAGACGGAUCAUCAACAUCAAUCUCAAAACUUUGUGGAACAAGGAAAUUUAGUUUCUCCAUAGUGGUAAGAUAUUCCUCAGCCGCUGUCUUGUUGCACAGUGACAGCAUUGUAACGAGACGAGGUUUUGUUGCCAAUUUUAGUGAGCUUGAUCCUUGAAAAUUAAUUCUUGAACUUCACCAAGAAUGAUUUCAAGACCGAAAUAGGACACAAACAUAACCAAGACUUUCAGCAACUGAUUUAUUGAUAUUUACUUUUGACAGCAUUGUAACGCGACGAGGUUUUUUUUUGUGGCCAAUUUUAAUGAGUUUGAUCUUUAAAGAUUAAAUAAAUCUUGAAACUUUCAUCAAGGAUAAUUCAAAAAGGAGGGAUAAAAUAAGACACGAAACAAGACUUUCAGCAACUGAUUUAUAUUAAUGUUAUUUAUUUUUGACAGCAUUGUGAUACCACAGAGCUUUGUUGUCAAUUUAAGUGAGCUUGAUUCUUAAAGAUUAGAUAAUUCUCAAAGGAUUUAUCAAGGGUAAUUCGAAACGAGAGAUAAAAUAGAGUACCGAAUUAUGACAUCAUCAAUUUUCCCAUUUUGUAUGUCAGCGUUUUUGAUACCAUAUUUUGGUAGAGUAUGAUGAAAUACAUCCACAACCAAAAUUUAGUGGAUUUGGUCGACGGGGGCCUUAGAUAUGACCUCAUGAAUCAAUUAGCUCCAUUGAAAUCAAUGUAUUAUUGGCCUGGUUCUAAAUGUUAGGAACCAGGCCAAUAAUACAUUAACUUUAAUGGGGCUAAUUAUGUAUCCAUGGGUCAUCUCUAAGGCUCCCAUAGACCGAUUCCCACCCAAUUUUGGUAUUCGAUGUAUUUCAUCAUACUCUACCAAAAUAUGGUAUAAAACUCGCUGAAAUGCAAAAUAAAAAUUGUGACGUCAUCACUUCGGUAUACUCUUUAGGGCACAAAAAAGACUUUCACAACUGUUAUUAAUUUUUGCAUUAUUUGACAACACUGUGACGCGCUGAGGCAUUUUUACCAGGUGAGUUAGAUCCUUUAAGAUUAAAUAAAAUUUUGAAGGCUUGAUUAAGGAAAAUUUAAAAGACGCGAAGCGCAGUUUCGUAGUUAUAUGUAAUUAUAUGUUAUACAUGAAUACUUAAACACCCCUUUAUUGUUGAAAAAUGAAAUAAAACCAAUUAAGUUUCUAUAGCAUACUGAUGAUUAUAAAAUAUUCACUAUCAUGACUAUGACAAGUAAUCUUAGCACCUCGUAGAUUUUGGUCCAAUAUGAUAAUUACAAAUGAUUAAAAAUAAUAUAUAAUAUCACGUAAUGUAAAAACAAAGUAUGAGUACACCUUUUCAAAGUUGUUCUACAACUUCGGUUCUUGAAUACACUUUCUUGAAUACUACAAUGCACAAUACACACAAUGCUGAUGACAUAAUAACAAGUUUACAAUUCACAAAAAUAUCAUGGUCUAUAAAGAUGUAAAGAUAAACAAUUACGAUGCUUUACAACAAAAUAUUGUAUUCUUUAUUUGAUAUUAGGCAAGGCUUCGUACUAGGUAAUGUACCCAUUUAAAUACCUUUGAGUGUUGUAAAAAUGGAGAAGUGAAAAACAUUAUAUAUGCGUUAAUCGUAAUUGUAAGUUAUAUUACUUUGUACGUUAUAUUACUUUGUACGAUAAUUUAUUCCUUUAAUCUGUGACAAUAUUUUUCAUCCCAUGAAACGGCAGUCUAAUACAUUUGUCAUUGUCACAUCAUCAAUGACUUUUGUUACCAUCAUGGUCAUAUUGUAACUUUUUAACUUUUGUACCCGACUGCGUACAUUAAACAAUGGAGGAAAAGAUGUAUCUGCAAACCCGAGUGUUGUAGUAAACUGAUAAAAAUAAUGAUGGGUCGUUAAAUAACAAUCCUUGUUAUUUAUUGAUAUUCAAAAUGAAUACAAUCAUGAUUCCAAUAACGUGAUAUCAAAUCAAAUCAUGCACAUAUUUUUAUGUUAUAUGGUGCAUUAUGAUUCUAUUGGUUCUGAUGUUUGAAAUACUUCACAAUUCUUUUCAAAGGUGUAGAUUCAAGAUUUGCAAUGUAUGUCGACGCCAUUGAUUUGCUUCUUUUAUUUCUUGCCCCACUGUCGGCGUCAAUGAAUGCCUUAAGAAUCCUAAAAGAAAGUGCUGUAGAGAUGAAAAAUAUCAAUCAAAUGUGAUUUCUUAUGAUUGCAACAACAAUAUCCUUUUUGUCAAUCUAAUUUUGGAUUAAUCCCCAAUAUCAACUUUAUAAGAUUGAUAUCCAGUCUAAGGGAAUGGUAAUUAGACACUAUUCGAAGAAAAAACCUUUUAAAAUCAAGAAGAGUGAAAAACAGGAGGGGAGUAUUUUGUGGGUAGAGUUCAACAAAUAAUGGUUUGAUAUUAUGAGAUGUUCUAUAAUCAUUGAUGUAUGAUCAUCAAAUAAGUA